ACUUGCCUGCUCUUCUGCAUCCUGUCUCUCUUGUUCUCCAGCAUGGUGUGCCUGUGGUUCCCCAGAGGCUCCUGGAUGGCAGCUCUGACAGUGAUAUUGAUGGUGCCGAACCCUCCCCUUGCUUGGGCCAGGGACACCCAACCACAUUUCCUGGAGCUGGUUAAACACGAGUGUCAUUUCUCCAACGGGACUCAGCGGGUGCGGCUCCUGGACAGAUACUUCUAUAACAGGGAGGAGUACGUGCGCUUCGACAGCGACGUGGGGGAGUACCGGGCGGUGACCGAGCUGGGGCGGCGGAGCGCCGAGUACUGGAACGGGCAGAAGGACGUCCUGGAUGACGCGCGGGCCGCGGUGGACACGUACUGCAGACACAACUACGGCGUCAGCGAGAGCUUCCUGGUGCCGCGGCGAGUUGCGCCUACAGUCACUGUGUAUCCUGCAAAGACCCAGCCUCUGCAGCACCACAACCUCCUCGUCUGCUCUGUGAAUGGUUUCUAUCCAGGCCACAUCGAAGUCAGGUGGCUCCGGAAUGGCCAGGAAGAGGAGGCUGGAGUCAUCUCCACAGGCCUGAUCCGUAAUGGAGACUGGACCUUCCAGACCCUGGUGAUGCUUGAGACAGUUCCUCAGAGUGGAGAGGUCUACACCUGCCAAGUGGAGCACCCAAGUCUGACGAACCCUGUCACAGUGGAAUGGAGGGCCCAGUCUGAAUCUGCGCAGAGCAAGAUGCUGAGUGGAGUCGGGGGCUUCGUGCUGGGUCUGCUCUUCCUUGGGGCAGGGCUGUUCAUCCACCGCAGAAACCAGAAAGGACAUGCUGGGCUUCAGCCAACAGGACUCCUGAGCUGAAGUGAAGAUGGGUGACCUUCAAGGAAGAAUCUUAUGUCCUUGCUUCCGAGAAGCAUGAAAAAGUUUCCUGCCUUGCUGUAAUUCCACAAAAAGAGGCUUUCUCAGGAUCUGGUUUGCUCCUGGUUCAGUGAUCCUGUAGAAAAUGUCCUCCCCAACAGCUUCCUCAGCCCCGGCCCUGGGCCUGGAAGUCCCCACUGUUGACUGAAAUACCUCAUCUUCAUUCUUUCCUGGUCCCCUUUAUAUUCAAACCUUAUGGCCUCCCUUGCAUCUGGACUCACCUUUUGACCACAUUUUUUAAUAAAGUUUUUCUCAAAUAAA